AACCAGAAUCGCAUCAUUCAUUUUUCUUCCUCACACACACACGCCGAUUGCUCCACCUGCUUUGCUUUCCCCCUUCGCCACCGCACGCCCCGAUCGAAUUGCGGAAAAUGGCGGAAUCGUCGACGCCGACGCCGCCGCCGCCUGCGGCGAAGUCGGACGCGGAGCUGGAGGAGAUGCUGGACCGGAUGCUGACUCGCCUGGCGCUCUGCGACGACUCCAAGCUCCAGGCCCUGCUCUCCAAGCUCCUCCCCCUCGCCAUCUCCUCUCUCUCAUCCCCUUCCGCCGCCGUCCGGAACAAGGUUCUUGAGAUCCUCAGCCACGUUAAUAAAAGAGUGAAACAUCAACCUGAAAUUGGUCUGCCUUUGUCAGAUUUAUGGAGAAUAUACACAGAAGCCCAUGCUGUAUCAAUUGUCAAAAACUUCUGCAUUUUGUAUAUUGAGAUGGCUUUUGAACGCACUGAUGUGAAGGAGAAAGAAAUGAUGGCACCUAUACUUGCAGCCAACGUUUCAAAGCUUCCUCAUCAGCAUCAAGAGAUUGUUCUAAGAAUUGCAGCAAAGGUGAUCGGUGAAUGCCACUCAACUGGAGUCGACGCAGAAGUUGCUGCAAUGUAUAGAGCUGUAAAUAAUUCUCAGGAUAAGGAAGGUUUCAUUGAAUUUUGCCUUCAUAAUAUCUUGUAUCAACCAUCAUCUCAAGGUGGAGGAAGCUCGCCUGGGCUUUCAAUUGCUCAAGCUAAUCGUCUUACUGGGAAACAUCAAUUGACGAGUAAUACACUUUUGAUGAGAAAGUUGGGCAUUCUGAAUGUAGUCGAAGCUAUGGAGCUCACCCCUGAAGUUGUUUAUCCCCUCUAUCUCGCUGCUUCUGCUGAUAGUCAAGAGGCUGUUGCAAUGAGAGGGGAUGAGCUUUUGAAGAAGAAGGCUUCUGGUGCAAAUUUUGAUGAUCCAUCGCUUAUAAAGAGACUAUUUCUACUAUUCAAUGGUUCUACUGGAGCUGAUAGUGAUGCACCAGAUUCUAAAAUCGCUCCUGCCAAUUCAGCCUUAAAAGCAAGAUUGAUGUCUGUCUUUUGUCGGUCAAUUACUGCAGCGAACAGUUUUCCAUCAACUUUGCAGUGCAUAUUUGGGUGCAUAUACGGACAGAGUACCACCACAAGAUUGAAGCAGUUGGGUAUGGAGUUCACUGUUUGGGUAUUCAAGCAUGCAAAGCUUAAUCAGUUGAAUCUGAUGGGCCCUCUUAUCCUUAGUGGAAUUCUGAAGACACUUGAUAAUUAUUCAAGUUCUGAAUCAGGUACUAACGCCAAGGACACAAAAACAUUUGCUUUUCAAGCAAUUGGGUUGCUUGCAAAGCGAACGCCUCAGCUUUUUCGGGAUAAAGUUGAUAUGGCUGCUCGGCUUUUUGAUGCAUUGAAGUUGGAGGCACCAUCUCUCCGUUUUACAAUUCAAGAAGCAACUGUCUCCAUUGCUGCUGCAUACAAGGCUGCAUCCAUUACUGUGCUAAAGGAUUUGGAGACACUACUGUUGGAGAAUUUGAAACAGGAACAAAGUGAAGUACGUUUUUGUGCUCUGAGGUGGGCGACUAUAUUGUUUGAUUUGCAGCACUGCCCGAGUCGAUUUCUAUGUAUGCUUGGGGCUGCAGAUCCUAAGUUGGAUAUAAGAGAAAUGGCACUGGAAGGCCUGUUCCCCGGUCACGAUAAUGGGCAACCUACCCAUCAUGAUAUCAGUCUGAAGUACCCAAAACUUGCAGACAUGUUAACUUACAUCCUCAAGCAGCGACCAGAAUUGCUAGAAUCAAUUGAAACAAGGGAACAAAAGCUUCUUUUUCCUUCAGAAACUUAUGUUGCUAUGAUCAAGUUUUUGUUGAAGUGUUUUGAGUCAGAAAAGCUGCUUUCUGAAACUGAUGGAGGACCCUCCGAACUUUCAUCUUCAGUGAAAACUAUGUGUUUACUGUUAGAUCAUGCCAUGGCAUUUGAAGGCUCAGUUGAGUUGCAUGCUUGUGCCUCCAGGGCGCUGGUGGCAAUUAGUUCUCAUACUCCACAAGUGAUCAUUCCUCAUUAUGCUAACAAACUGCCAUGGCUAAAGCAAUUACUGAGUCACGUGGACAUUGAUACUCGUGAAACUGCGGCACGCUUACUUGGAAUGGCUUCCUCUGGUCUUCCGACCACGGCUGCUUCAGCUUUGAUAAGCGAACUAGUUUUUUCAAUCAGCGAUUCACGCAAAAUAAGGUUUGAUUAUCAUUACGGAGCGGUAUGUGCUAUAGGAUAUAUCAUGGCAGAUUGUAUUUGUAGGACACCUCCUAUACCAGAAGUACUGCUCCAGAGUGUACUCAAAUGCCUGGUUGAUGUUGUAAACUCCGAGAAUGCAACAUUGGCAUCGAUUGCUAUGCAAGCAUUAGGUCAUAUUGGGUUGCGUGUCCCGUUACCUUCAAUUGCUGAUAACUCCACCUCAGUUGCAGCUGACAUAUUCAUGGCUCUACAAGAAAAACUGAGGAAGCUACUUUCUGGUGAUGAUACUAAAGCAAUUCAGAAAAUUGCUGUAUCGCUUGGACAUGUCUGUAUGAAAGAAACAUCAUCUUCACGUCUCAACAUUGCGAUUGAUUUGGUUUUCAGCCUUUGCCGUUCGAAGGUUGAGGAUGUCCUUUUUGCUGCUGGGGAGGCUUUGUCUUUCUUGUGGGGAACUGUCCCUGUGACUGCUGACACAAUUCUCAAGACUAAUUAUACUUCGCUCUCCAUGUCUUCAAACUAUCUUAUGGAAAACAUGAGCACAUCUUUGACAGGAUAUAACUCUAAUGGAAUGACUGAAGACACUGAUGGUUCUCGUGCUAGUGUUAGAGAUGCAAUUACUAGAAAGCUCUUCGAUAGUCUUUUAUACAGUCAGAGAAAGGAAGAACGCUGUGCUGGAACUGUCUGGCUGUUGUCAUUGACCCUGUAUUGUGGCCAUCAUGCAACUAUCCAACAAAUGCUACCCGAGAUUCAGGAAGCGUUCUCACACCUACUUGGUGAACAGAAUGAACUUACUCAGGAGCUUGCUUCCCAAGGCAUGAGCAUUGUGUAUGACCUUGGAGAUGCAUCUAUGAAGAAAAACUUGGUGAAUGCACUUGUCAAUACUCUAACUGCAUCAGGGAAGAGAAAGAGAGCCAUCAAGCUUGUCGAAGAUUCUGAAGUUUUCCAAGAGGGGGCUAUAGGGGAAAGUCUAAGUGGUGGAAAACUUAGCACUUAUAAGGAACUGUGCAAUAUGGCGAAUGAGAUGGGGCAACCGGAUCUGAUAUACAAGUUUAUGGAUCUUGCAAAUCACCAUGCUUCUCUAGAUUCGAAAAGGGGUGCUGCCUUUGGCUUUUCUAAAAUAGCCAAGCAAGCUGGGGAUGCUCUUCAGCCGCAUCUAAAUGUGUUAAUACCCAGACUUGUGCGAUAUCAGUAUGAUCCUGACAAAAAUGUUCAGGAUGCAAUGGCACAUAUCUGGAAGGCCCUAGUGGCGGACUCAAAGAGAACUAUUGAUGAACAUUUUGACCUAAUCAUGGAUGAUUUGUUAACACAAUGUGGUUCUAGGCUCUGGCGUACCCGGGAGGCUUCUUGUCUUGCUCUUGCUGAUAUUUUCCAAGGACGAAAAUUUAAUCAGGUUGGGAAGCAUUUGAAAAAAGUAUGGAUUGCUGCAUUUCGGGCCAUGGAUGAUAUUAAAGAAACUGUUCGGAACUCUGGUGACAAAUUAUGCCGCACAGUGACUUCACUGACAAUACGCCUCUGUGAUGUCAACCUCACUGAAGUAUCAGACUCACGCCAAGCUAUGGAUGUUGUUUUACCAUAUCUGCUUAAAGAAGGCAUUCUAAGUACGGUUGAUACUGUUCGCAAAGCAUCAAUUGCCGUUGUAAUGAAGCUCGCGAAGGGUGCAGGGGUCGCGCUUCGUCCACAUUUGGCAGACUUAGUUUCCUGCAUGCUAGAAAGUUUGUCAAGCCUUGAGGACCAAGGGCUCAAUUAUGUUGAGUUGCAUGCGACAAACAUUGGAUUGAAAACAGAGAAACUUGAGAACUUGCGGAUCUCAAUUGCCAAAAGUUCUCCUAUGUGGGAAACUCUGGACCAGUGCAUAAAUGUUGUGGAUACCGUAUCCUUGGAAAGCUUGGUUCCCCGACUUGCCCAAAUGGUACGAGCUAGCGUCGGCUUAAACACAAGGGUUGGUGUUGCUAGCUUUAUUGGCUUGUUAGUUCAAAAGGUUGGCAUAGAUGUCAAACCAUUUGCAAACACACUAUUGAAGUUGCUGUUUGAAGCCGUGAAGGAGGAGAAAAGUGCUGCUUUAAAACGUGCCUUUUCAAGUGCCUGUGCAUUAGUACUAAAGCAUGCAAGUACCUCUCAGGCACAGAAGUUAAUUGAAGACACCACAGCUUUGCAUGACGGUGACAAAAAUUCACAAAUCUCUUGUGCGAUUUUACUGAAAAGCUUUCUAUCCACGGCCCCAGAUGUCGUUAGUGGUUAUUAUGCCGAAAUUCUACCUGUAAUCUUUAUUUCAAGAUUUGAGGAUGACAAGAAUCUUUCUGGCAUAUUUGAGGAACUUUGGGAAGAAAAUACAAGCGGUGAACAAAUUACCCUUCAAUUGUACAUGAGAGAAAUAGUUUCUCUUAUUUGUGACAACAUUUCAUCUUCAUCGUGGGGAAGUAAGAAAAAGGCUGCCCAGGCAAUCUGCAAGCUCGGUGAAGUAUUGGGUGAAUCUCUGUCUCCUUGUCAUCAAGUUUUGCUCAUAUCUCUUAUGAAAGAACUUCCAGGUCGAUUAUGGGAGGGGAAGGAGGCUCUUUUGUAUGCCUUGGGUGCUCUUUCAAAAUCUUGCCAUCAAGCCAUCUCCAAGGAAGAUCCCAAAGCUGCUGGUGCUAUUCUGGAUAUGCUAUGCUCUGCAUGCACAAAAAAGGUCAAGAAAUACCGGGAAGCCGCGCUUUUAAGCCUUGAUCAGGUUAUAAAAGCAUUUGGCAAUCAUGAGUUCUUCAACAUGGUUUUUCCAUUAUUGUUUGACAUGUGCAGUUCAGCCACUUCUGAUAAGCCUGGACAAGCACCUUCAGCAAAUGAUUCUGCUAAACCAGACUAUGAUGGAAAAGAUGAUUCUUCCGUUCCGCGAGAAAAGGUACUGGACUGUGUCACAUCCUGUAUCCAUGUGGCAAAUAUAGAUGAUAUUCUGGAACAGAAAAACAACUUGAAGCACCUCUGGAUUGUCUCCCUCUCACCUGAAUUGUCAUGGACUGUCAAAAUAUCGGCUUUUCUAUCAAUUAACGGACUCUGCUCAAGGAUUCAUGACAUUUUGCUUGAUUCUCGGCUAGCUUCUCUACAUGCAAAUACAGCAUCUUUGUUUCAUGAGCUGUUUUGUUCGGUGUCACCCAAAGUGGCAGAAUGCAUAGCCACAGUUAAGAUAGCACAGGUUCACGUCAGUGCUUCAGAGUGCCUUUUGGAGAUGAUCACCCUUUGUAGGGAGCUACCCUCAACGUUCUGGACAGAUGCAGGUUUGAAGGAUUUGCUGGCCCAUCUACAUGAGGUGGAAAAGAGUGAACAAGCCAAGUCCUUGCUUAAGAGAUGCAUCCAUUUGCUAGAGACUUCAUAGAGGAAAAUGUGAAAGCGAAUUCAUUUGGAUGAAAGCCUGUUACGUCGUCACUGGUAAAUUCACCAUGAAUGGAGGGACAUUUCUCUGGUCACGUCCCUGAAGCCUCAGCAUAGACAGAGACGCGGUGCAGGCAAUGCGUUCGUGAACAAAGAUUUUUUGCUCCAGCUGCAAAACACUAACACAUGCAAUGAUCCAUUUUCCUGAUUUGACAGGAGAAUGGUGGGGACUGAAUUGCUGCUUCCUCGUGCAAGCACACAGCCUGAAGGGACCAAGGAAUUUACAUAAAUUAACGCGUUACUGUGCACUUGGGAUGGUCUGGGGUCUCUUAAUUUAGUCGUGUCUUUCAUACAUUUUGCAACUCUAGUUUAGACUUGGAAGGAAAAUUUCAUGGUGAAAAAGCAUUGCUCUUGUGUAUGAUCUCUUACAUCGACUGUCUGCCGUCUUAACUAAGAGAUUGAUUGCAGUAUGAUGUCAUGAACGACCCUAUAUAUAUUCGGACAUCUAAACAAACCAUAUCGGGGUUCCUUCA